AAAAUAUGAUAGCAAAAUUGGCCCCCAAAAAGAUUCACUAUAAAAGCAGUAGUACUAAAGCUUAUUGGCAGUGAACUCGAGAACUAGUCUCAGUGUUAACAUUGAUAAUGUUACGGUGUCUGUGUCUCAUUUCCCUGGCUUUGUCCUGCCUAGGAGCAGUUCUUGAGAACUGCGACAGCAGUCAAUCAGACAGAUGCAGGAGAAUAUCCCAGGAAGAGGCUAUGCAUCCAAGGCUCAACGUUCCGAAAGUUUCAUUCACUAAUCGGGCUUCUGGUUAUCCUCAUGAGAAGACAUCAGACUAUUGGAUAAAUCUUGGACAUCAGCAUGUUCAGGAUAAAAUUAACCGACGCUUGAAUACAAAUCGAGCCAAGAAUGUGGUCUUCUUUAUCGGUGAUGGUAUGAGUAUUGCAACCCUUGCGUCUGCAAGAGUGGCUCUGGGAGGAGAAGAGAAGGAGUUGUCUUUUGAGAAGUUCCCCUACAGUGGUUUGUCCAAGACCUACUGUGUAGACGCUCAAGUGGCUGAUUCUGCGUGCACAGGAACUGCAUAUUGGAACGGGGUCAAGACCAAUUACAUGACCCUCGGGGUGAAUGCACAAGUACCCCUUGGCGAUUGCGAGGCCGCUCUUGACUCCACAACUCAUACUGAAUCCCUCGCCAAGUGGGCAUUGGAUGCUGGAAAGUCUGCCGGAAUUGUCACCACAACCACCGUCACUCAUGCCUCUCCAGCAGCUGGAUAUGCUCAUGUGGCGGACCGAAUGUGGGAAAAUGAUUCUAUUGUGAGGAAGAGCGGAUGUGACCCUAAUGAAGUCACGGAUAUUGCACGGCAACUCAUUGAAGGACCGGUUGGGAGUCGGCUGAGUGUGGUUAUGGGUGGUGGUAGGGCACACCUCCGUGAUUCAAGCAUCCCAGAUGAGGAGGGUGGUUUUGGCUUCCGGAAUGAUUCCCGGGAUUUAAUUUCCGAGUGGCUAAAUGACGGCCAACCCAACAAGAGAUAUGUUUGGAAUCGCAAUGAUUUACUCAAUUUACCUUCCAACACUGAGCAAGUUCUCGGUCUCUUUGAGUCUGGGGAUAUGCAAUUUUAUCUGGAGAGUCAAGAGAGGCAGACACAGGAUACUGAGCCGACCCUUGAGGAAAUGACCAGAAGUGCAAUCAACAUUCUGAAGAAGAAUGAAAAUGGAUUCUUUCUCUUUGUUGAGGGUGGUAGGAUUGACCAUGGUCAUCACUAUACAAUGGCUAGAGCUGCUGUGGGUGAAGCCAUUGAAUUCCACAAAGCUAUUGAAGCUGCAAGGCAACUCCUUAGUGAGGAUGACUCAUUGAUUGUCGUGUCGUCUGAUCAUUCUCACACAAUGUCCAUCUCGGGGUACCCAACACGUGGCAAUGAUAUCUUUGGGACAUCUGAUCGCACAAUUGCCAAAGACGGAAUGCCCUAUAUGACCCUGAACUAUGCCAACGGACCUAUUCAAUCUAAUCAGUACUCAACAUCAGGUCGUGUCAAUCCAGAGUCCACAGACUUCAGCAAAUGGUCUUCUCUCUAUCCAUUCCAUGUUCCUCUAGACAUGGAGACACAUGCUGGAGAUGAUGUCGGAGUCUUUGCAUCCGGACCCUAUGCUCAUCUCUUCACAGGAACGAUGGAACAGAGCCAUUUACCGCAUCUAAUGGCCUAUGCUUCGAGCAUUGGAAACGGUCCUCGUAGUUGAAUAAUUUAAUAUUAUCAUGAUAUCUUUAUGAUAAUCCAAGUGAUAUUAUAAUUUUCGGUGAUUUUGGUAUAUUGUAAUCUAUAUUUCUUAAUAAAAUCAGCUCUUGUGAUGUUUUAAUACUAAAA